UCGAUAGACCUUCGCCGUAGUACUAGAGCCUGGCCCAAUCAUCUACUAAUUCAAUCGGAGAAUCGGCGAAACAGGGAUUUUUUCCGAGCAUAUAUGUAUUUUUGUAUCGUCUCCGGAGAAAUUGUUGCUGCCAUUGGCUUCACUUUUACCUGUAAAGGGAAAGAAAAAGAGAUAAAUCCCCGCCGUCCCCAUGAAAGUAAAUCUCACUCGAGUUUCAGCUAAUCGGAAACAGAGGGAUCGUUCAUUUCCAGCACUUAUUUUAUUCCCUUGGUCUCUGAGGAAUGUACUAAAACGGACCUCGAAAAGAAGUCGCCGAAGGUCCCCCGAACACCCAGACUAUAAACACACCUUCCCUGCUCUUUGAUCCAAUAUGAUUGUUUCGCGUCAUAUCUGCCAUACAAAAUAAUUACUUCGGCCAUGAUGCGUUGGCAAUUACUCGUCACGACCUUGAGCUCGCUCUCGGUUCUAGGAGGAGCCACCCCGUCUACAUGCUCCUCUUCUCCAGCAACGCUCCACCUUCCUGAUGCCCCUUAUGAUAACUUUUUUUACUCCGACUGCAACACUGCUGCUCAGGUCGUCAUUACGAGCCCUCAACCCGACAGCAAUCUAACCCUGAUCUCCCCUCGAUUCAUCGCCGCUUGGCCCGCAGGAAACAGCGGUGUCUGCGCGUACUUUGCGCCUGAAAACGGAGUUAACGGAAGUUUGAGUAUCGAGGUUGUCAAUUCCACUGUGGGAAAUCCAUUGGCUGCAAUUGAAAGUGGAAGCGCUUCGUCUUCAAAUAGCACUACAUCUUACUAUGGCGUCACCGGCACAAUUCGCUUCAAUACUUCUGCCUCCUUGACAGUCCCCAUCCUCGGCAGUAUCCGGACUAUUCGUGACUUUGUCGAGGGACCUAGUCUCUUGCAGCCUCAGAUCCAGGAUACGAUCAAUGUAACUAGCCUGCCAAAUGGCGGUGCUUCUCUGCAGCGAUUGUGGCUUGAUAACGUCACGACGACUCACCUCAACUUCACGCCCGCUACAAACGGAUCUGUUACUAUCAAUAACAAGACACUGAAAUUCGAGGCCGGAGACUACGUCUUCGCCGCUGAAUUCAACUACCCGCAGUUGACCCAGCUCAGCCCAGCACAGGUGCUGAGCAACAGCUCCACCGCAUUAAUUCAGCAGGAUCCCGAGAGGACGACGGCAUUGUCGUUUUUGUCGUACUCAACUAAGCUUUUGGCUGGCGCAUGGAGGUUCUUGACUUAUUUUGGUCGUGAUUCCAUGAUCUCUGCGCUUUUGUUGGAGCCUGUUUUGAGUAAAGGUGAAAAUAGUGCUAUGGAGGCGGUUAUUGCUGCGGUUUUGGAACGAUUGAACAGAACUGAUGGCAGCGUCUGCCAUGAGGAGACCAUCGGUGACUAUGCUACGUGGUUGAACCAGCAGGAUGGUAUAGUCAGCACUGAUCCGCAGUACGAUUACAAGAUGGUUGACUCGGAUUACUAUCUCCCUAUCUUGAUGAACAAAUAUUUUGUUGAAAACUCUGUUGGUAAGAGCAGGGCCAAGACAUUCGUCAGUAUCGCCGCUGGAGCUACCAACCCUAACAACAAAAACCUCACCUAUGGUCAACUAGCUGCCAUCAACGCAGAGCGCAUCCUCAGACUUGCUGCUCCUUUUGCCGGCAAAAACAACCAAACCCAAGCCAAUCUUGUCCGUUUAAAAGACAACCAGAUCGUUGGUGAAUGGCGAGACAGCACAUAUGGCAUUGGCGGUGGACGAAUCCCCUACGAUGUUAACACAGCCCUAAUGCCCGCUGCUCUCCGCGCCAUCGCAUCCCUAUCCCGCCGCAAAUUUUUCUCCACCAAGUCCUCCUCCUGGGCCAUUCUUGCCGACAAAUACGCACAAGUCUGGGAAGACGAAACCCUCCAAUUCUUCCGUGUCACCGUGCCCAAAUCCCAAGCCAAACAACUCGUCUCCUCCUACGCCCAAACCAUUGGCUUCACAGGUCCCAACCAGACCGACUCUAUCGACGACGACGUGACCUUUCAUGCCCUCUCCCUCGACGGCAACGACAACCUAAACCAAGUCGCCGUCAUGAACACCGAUGACUGCUUCCGCCAUUUCCUACUCAACACCACCGGCAGCCAGUCCCAACUCACUGCUUUCAUGAACCAAACCGCCAACAACAUCCGCCGCACAUUCCCCGCGGGCCUGCUAACCGGCGCCGGCAUGAUCGUCGCGAACCCAGCAUAUGGCGAGAACCCAGUGUAUGCGGCGAACUGGACGAGCGGUGCGUAUCACGGCACGGUGAUCUGGUCCUGGCCCCUCGCCAUGAUGGCCAAGGGGCUGGAGCAGCAGCUUGGUCGAUGCAGCAAUACUACCUCUAGCCAUGGAAAGACCACGCAGCCGGAUUUCUGUAAGGAUGAUGCUGUGUAUGGCAACGUCAAGAACGCGUAUAAUAUUCUCUGGGACUCGAUUGACGCCAACACCCCGCAGUUGUCGCAGGAGGUUUGGUCGUGGGUUUAUAAUGAUAAGAAUGAGACUUUUGUCCCUACGCCGUUAGGUGUAAUGCCCCCGCCACCGGGGUCGUCGAGUCAAACUGAAUCCGAUAUUAGACAGUUGUGGUCAUUGACUUUCCUUGCUGUGACGAGGAAUACGUCUUUCGAGUAGUGGGAGGUAUACCCCUGCUAUCAAUCCAUUCGUUUAUUCAAGAAAGAAGAAAAAAAGAACCGGUCUAUAUUCCGAAUAGUCCUAUUCGUUUAGAAUUAAUCAUCUUUGAGCGAAGCAGACCUACAGGUAUAUGGACAUACCAACGUAAUCGAUGAUUAUGAAUAGGAAAAUUGCAAAUCCUUGAAUAUACACGUAUUUGAUGUUUGAUAUCAAUUGAAAUCCU